CGUGAAUAAGCGCUCCAAGCCUUCCAAAGGGUGCGACCCGGUGGUCUCAAAGCUCCUGGCUCUUUACACACCUCGUUGCUCCUCUCUCAGUCCUAGCAUCGUCACCGUCGCCAACCCCGCUUUUAGCCCUGACCUAGAGGCUGAGAGGGUCUUUCUCACGCACUUUCUUGGACGUUAUCCAUAUCCCGACCAUCUCUUCCAGGGAGCAGGCAGGAGGCCAGCGACUGGCCUUCGCAUUCUGGUUCUCGUCCGAUCUGCAUCUGAGUCCGCCCAGUCUGAAUUCUGCAGCUGGAAAUGGGCAGUCACCACCAAGACAUCCACUCUCUAAGGCGAUCCGUCGAGGAUCCUUUUCAGCUGUUGAUGGAUACCAAUAGCCACCACCCUGUUCUUUAUUCCGAAAACGCUGAACCCCACAUCUGGUCGCGUGAGACCUCGAGCCAGAAUCACGCCUCCACAACAGACGACGCCAUAGAAACCACUACUCAGAUGCAGGCCCACGGAUACCAUACUCUCUAUGGUUCCGACACCGCUCCAUCAUGGAGCCAUGGAGCGCAAUCUCUGUCUUUGCCAGUGUAUGCGUACGCCAUCCUCGAUCCCAACUUGGCCGUAACAGCGUCCCUUGGUCCAUCACACCCAGUCAUCAACCAGAGUGCGGCCUCAUUCUCGGGUCCAGAGGAGCUAUCAUUUCAAGAGCAGAUUGAAUUGGAAUGCUUAGAAGGGACGUGGCGUAGUCAAGAGACGUUCGACCAGACACAAUCUGACCCUGGAGUACUAGAUGUGCUGUUUCAACCGCCAGCUACUCAGGUCUCUGCGGCAGGCGAUGGAUAUGUUCCUGUAGGGUUUGAUCAGCAGGCAACACCUGCAACCUAUCUCUCACUUGAUAGGCCGCAGUAUGACACUGCCUACAUACCCAACGUUCAACCUACCGGCGACGUUCCCUGGUCACUGUACAGUCUCCGUCAGAAUGGACAAAGCUCGCAGGCCGCGAAUCCGCAGGUCAUCGAAUGGCAGUCGACCGGCACAAGUGUUGGACUUUAUGAAAACUCGGUCCCAGAUGGAGUUCCUACUGUGUCGCAGACGAUCAACGAUGAGAAUGACCAGAUGAUGGGCGAGACUUUUAACCUCGAUGAGAGUUUGCCAGACUCUUCCCAGAUACAGCGGCUGACGGAGCCAGACGCAACUCCGCUUAUGCAAGUGUCAACUUCCCCAUGGCACAGAAUCCAGUUCCUGGUAACGGGUAGUACACCACACCAAGACCCAUCUGACAAUGACCAGAUCCAGGAUACAACGCACAAUCUGCAUCCGAACGCCUUGUCCGUGCCUACGGAUUCAAGCUCCUCCUUGGAGCCGUCGUCUCCUGCGAGCAGUUUCUCACUGACGAGUGCUGCAUCAUCCCCAUAUAGCGUCACUUCGCCAUCGGUACCACCAGACCUGUUUUGUGACAAGUCAGGCUGUUGUUCCACUUUUAGUGGGAAAUAUCGCAAAGGCAAUCUGGCGCGUCAUACGCGGCUGGUCCACGGUGUGCUCAAAUACCCUUGCAAAGGUGUUCACUGCCUGCGGUCUUUCAAUCGGUCGGAUGCGCGACUCAAGCACUACAGGACGCACCACCCAUCUCUUGCUCCUAACCCGAUCGAACGUCGUUCGACUCAGGAUCGUGCUCGUAGGAGCGUUUCGUGAAGUUCCCGGGUCAUAUGAGAGCGAUCGCAGUAUUCCGAUCAGGAUAGGUGAGACAGUCGCAUGGUUACAGGGUCGCUAUGGCGCAACGCGAUCUGUAAUCCGCUGUUGCACUGCCCGUUGCGUGGAGUCUUUCCAUUUCGGUCU